UGUAGUGAGGCGAGGGCACCGUGCGGCUCUGCAUUGCAUUAGUGCUGGGAAGUUCACACAGCUGUUCUCGCUGUCAUAUUGCGCUGAUUAGAGACGCGGGAAAACCUCAGAGAGCACGAGACCCUUCCGAGUGGAUUCUGCGUCCGAUUCAGCCUCGUGUCGGAGCGAAAUAUAAUCACGCUUCGCUGUUCUUCUGCUGCAAGGUGACGCAGCGCCGCGUAUCAGGUGGAGUGACGACAACUGCGGCACCAGAGCGAGUCCGACCGACCGAGCGACCGACCGACCGAGCGGCGGAUAACGGUCCUCUCAGAGGAAAGAAACCCGGGGCGGCGCUGAUAUGUGUCACCGUUCACGAUGACAACUAGGCGAAAGUCCAGCAAACUGCAGCUUCGGCGGUCAAUCAGCGAGCAGCUGCGCGACUCCACCUCGAAAGCCUGGGAUUUACUGUGGAGAAACAUACGAGAGAAGAGACUGGCAGAAAUCGAGGCAAAGGAGGCAUGUGACUGGCUGAGGGCGGCGGGAUUCCCACAGUAUGCCCAACUUUAUGAGGAUUCCCAGUUUCCCAUUGAAAUAUCUGCCGUCAAGAGGGACCAUGACUUUCUCGACAAAGACCUUGUGGAGCCUCUUUGCCGUCGACUCAACACUCUGAACAAGUGUGCCUCCAUGAAACUGGACGUGAGCCUCCCCAAGAAGAAAAGUGAGGAGUCUGAUGAGGAGGACCUGUUGGCCAUCAGUAAUAGAUGGACGUUUGAGUGGAACAGUCGGCGCUGGUCACGUCUGCAAGACAUCAAUUACCUACUGGGUAGAGCAGAGGAGCAGAGCCCCUCUGAGGUGGGUGAGGGUCUCCGGACCACUGUGAGCAGCGAGAGCUUUCUGACAGAUCUCAGCGAGCCAGAGAUCUGCUCCCUGCACAGUGAAGACUCUUUGGCUGCCAUGCCUGACUCUGCCUCGCUCACCCCACUGCACUUACCCAGAGAGCUGCCUCAUUACGGUUCACUACCUGCCAAGAGCAGGCGACGUGGACGCACACGCGCCAAAGACUUCCUGAGGAGGAUGGAAACACUGGGUCGGACGUGGGGGCCAUCGAUGGAUCGCUCUGAGCGGCGCUCUUUGGUUAUUAGCGGCCCAGUUCUGCAAAGCGAGCCAGAGGCACUAAAGACUCUACAAUGUGUUCAGAUUUUCAACGGCGGGCCUCUAAAUGCUGAAAACAUGCCACCAGCUAACAACUGCCCAAAUUCGCUGGCCAGCAGUGAGGCUAGCAGCCAGUCUGAGAUUAGCGGUAGUGCUGAAAGCACACCGAACAUGAUGGGACGUGUCUCAAAGUUGUAUCCUCCUGGUAAACGUGCAGGCGUCUACCUAGAGGACAUCGAUGUUCUCACCGGCGCUCCCCAGAGGACGAGACCGGUCGAACGAAGUCGCAAAAAUGAGUUCCGCUCCUAUGACGAGCUAUUGGUGCACAUCCCAAAAGAUCACAAACCUGGUACCUUCCCUAAAGCGCUGUCAAUCGAGAGUCUGACGCCAGCCAGUAAGGAACACGGAAACUGGAAGGUUCUGGAUUCAGAGCCGCAGCCAUUCAAGUGCAGGAAAGUUGGCAGGAGGGAACUCCGGCCUGCGACACGCUGCUGCCCGCGAGGCAGCAGGAUCAGUGUGUACGAUAACGUACCUGGCUCACACCUCUACGCGAGCGCGGGGGACUUAUUGGACCUUGAAAAGGAGGAUAUAUUCCCACAUUUGGAUGACAUUCUGCAGCAUGUAAAUGGCCUGCAGCAGAUCGUGGACCACUGGUCCAAAAACGUCUUGCCGGAGAGUGAAGGGGAGGGGGAUGGCGGCAGGGGGUGGAAGCAGAAGAUUAUUGACGGCCAGUCUUCCAGUCAAAUCACACUGGACUUUGAGGGGACUUCUGUAAUCAAAGGGUUGACCACACCGAGCGACGGCAACAAGGACGGGCUUUCUUUAAAUGAAACAGACACCUCCAGCACCAGAGAGAGGAGGGACUCAGGGGUGGGGGCUUCCCUGACACGACCACGCCGUAGAUGGCCCAGCUUCAGGAUGUCAAACCUCCUCGGCCAAUCAGGAAUCUCGCUACAGAUAUCCAGCCAAUCAGUGGGCCAGCUUAGCUUGCUGCAGAAGUUUUCUUUAUUGCGUCUCACUGCUAUUAUGGAGAAAUACUCCAUGUCCAACAAGCAUGGGUGGACUUGGUCAGUGCCAAAAUUUAUGAAGAGAAUGAAGGGACCAGACUACAAGGAUAAGAUGGUAUUCGGUGUUCCUCUGAUUGUCCAUGUUCAGCGGUAUGGACACCCUCUGCCCAUAAGCUUACAGCUCGCCCUGCGCUUUUUAAGGAGCCAGUGUUUGGACCAGCCACUGCUCAAUUCUUAA